GCCCGCAGCCACGACGUCUACUCGCAUCCCAAUCUCCGUCGUCCCCCGCGGCCCCGCCUCACUCCUUACGCCGCACUCCACCUCCACAUCGCCGCCCACACCCGACCGCGUGGCCGGCCUCAUGUGGGAGCGCGGCAGGCCGCCCCGCAAGCCGCGCCCGUCCCCAAUCCUCGUGCCGCCGCCACCGUCGUCGCCGCCUCCCCGCCUGAACCUCCUCCUCCCGAGAUCCCUCCUCGCGCUCGCCGCGCGCGCCAUGCCGUCGCGCCGCCCCUCCCCGGUCCUCCUCCUCCUCCUCGCGCUCUCGCUCGCCCUCCUCUUCCUUCUCCUCUCCCCUUCCUUCCCCUCCACCUCCCGCUUCUCUCGCUCCCUCAGCUCUGGCUCCGCUUUCGCCUCCUCAUCUCCGGCGUCAACCUCCGCCCCGCCUGCACCCGUCAAGAUCUACCUGUACGACCUGCCGGCCAAGUUUACCUACGGCGUCGUCCGUAGCUAUAAGGCUGCGCGUGCGACAUCUGGCUCCGCGGACGCCGCUGCUACUCUGCCCGACGAGCAACUGCGGUACCCGGGACACCAGCACUCGGCGGAGUGGUGGCUCUUCAAGGACCUGCUCCGACGCAGGCCGCAGGACCGCCCCGUGGCACGCGUGGACGACCCGAGCGACGCCGACCUCUUCUACGUGCCCUUCUUCUCCUCUCUCAGCCUUGUUGUCAACCCCAUCCGCUCUCCGCUGGCAGCAAACGCCUCUGGGGCGGGGACAGCGUACAGCGACGAGGCCUUGCAAGAGGAGUUGCUAGAGUGGCUGGAGCGGCAACUUUACUGGCAGCGCCACAGGGGGAGGGAUCACGUUUUCAUCUGCCAGGAUCCCAAUGCCCUUUACAGGGUGGUCGAUCGGAUCAGCAAUGCCGUACUCCUGGUUUCUGAUUUCGGCAGGUUGCGCAGCGACCAGGCAUCUCUCGUCAAGGAUGUCAUCCUGCCCUACUCACAUCGAAUCAACUCCUUCAAGGGUGAGGUCGGGGUGGAUGGUCGCCCCUCUUUGCUGUUCUUCAUGGGCAAUAGGUACCGCAAGGAGGGAGGGAAGGUUCGUGAUGCACUUUUUCAGAUUCUUGAAAACGAGGAUGAUGUAACCAUAAAACAUGGAACACAAUCGAGGGAGAGUCGGCGUGAAGCUACACAAGGAAUGCACUCAUCUAAAUUUUGCCUGCAUCCUGCCGGAGAUACUCCCUCAGCAUGCAGAUUAUUUGAUGCACUUGUCAGUCUGUGUGUUCCUGUUAUAGCCAGUGAUUACAUUGAACUUCCAUUCGAAGAUAUUAUAGACUACAAUAAAAUAUCAAUAUUUGUUGGGACAAGCAAAGCAGUACAGCCUGGAUACUUAACUUCAACUCUUCGAAGAAUCAGUUCAGAGAGGAUUCUGGAGUACCAGAGGGAAAUAAAAAAGGUCAGACAUUACUUUGAGUACGAGGAUCCGAAUGGACCAGUGAAUGAGAUUUGGCGCCAAGUAUCCCUUAAAGCACCACUGAUAAAGUUGUUGACUAACCGCGACAAACGGUUGCUUGAAAGAGGCACCAAUGGAACAGAUUGUUCGUGCAUCUGCUCUACAACUCCAACUGACAUAACUGCGGCCAGUUAAACAAGAUGGAACUCAUCGGCCUACAAGCUCUGUGCCUAUUUCCUGUGAUCACAUUGCCUGAAUUUUUUAGGUUGUACAGUUCCAUGUAAAACGAGAUUACCAGCCACUAUUUUUGAACAGUAAAUUUACUAAUUACCACAAUCCUUGAGUUUUUACUAGAUUUGUAUAGGAGGAGCGGAUAGUCAGGAACCUUACAGUGCCCUUUUUGUAUUGUAAGUUACAUUAGCUAUUUUUUGUUGUCGGCAGUUCGCUGCCCUAGUUUUUCGACCUACAUAAGCAUCAAUCCCCGUGCCAGUGCGUGGACCAA